UUAUUAAAAUUAAAAAAAAAUUGAUUUUAUCUGUUGUUUUGGUCUUGCCACCACAACGUUGUCUUCUCGGGUAACUCAUCAUCAUAUCUCUUUGAUUGGGUUUAAGUUUUACUUUAUCUAAUGGCUUCCAAUCCAGACAAGAAUCUGUCUCCUUCAGAUGAUAAGCCGGAAACGACGGAGGAGAACCAGAGUCCUAAACCGGAAUCAGAGAAGAAGAGUCCUAAACCGGAACCAGCAGCCUCUGGGAGUUCACCUUCAUCAGCUAACCCUGCUAUGAAUUUAAAUGCUUUUGAUUUCUCUAAUAUGGCUGGUAUCCUCAACGACCCAAGCAUCAGAGAAUUGGCUGAGCAGAUUGCUAAAGAUCCUGCCUUUAACAAGUUGGCUGAGCAGCUUCAGGGAUCUAUUCCAAACGCAGCUCAAGGUGGAGGAGGUGGAUUCCCUAACAUUGAUCCGGAACAGUAUAUCAAUACAAUGCAGCAGGUUAUGCAUAACCCUGAGUUUCAGACUAUGGCUGAGCGUCUUGGUCAAGCCUUAGUGCAGGAUCCACAAAUGUCUCCUUUCUUGGAGGCCUUCUCAAACCCUGAAACAGCAGAGCAUUUUACUGAGCGUAUGGCGCGGAUGAAACAAGAUCCUGAGUUGAAACCUAUACUUGAUGAAAUUGAUGCCGGUGGUCCUUCUGCUAUGAUGAAGUACUGGAAUGAUAAAGAUGUGCUGAAAAAGCUGGGUGAAGCAAUGGGUAUGCCUAUUGCUGGCAUGCCAGACCAGGCUGCUUCAGCUGAACCUGCCGAGGUAGCGGAAGACAGUGAAGAAGAAGAGUCUAUUGUUCAUCAAACUGCCAGUCUUGGUGAUGUUGAGGGUUUGAAAAAUGCUUUGGCCUCUGGUGGUAACAAAGAUGAAGAAGAUUCUGAGGGAAGGACAGCAUUGCAUUUUGCUUGUGGAUACGGCGAGUUGAAAUGUGCUCAAGUUCUUAUUGAUGCUGGAGCAAGUGUUAACGCUGUUGACAAAAACAAGAACACGCCUCUGCAUUACGCUGCUGGUUACGGGAGGAAAGAGUGUGUAACCCUUCUCCUAGAGAAUGGUGCUGCUGUGACUCUGCAAAACCUAGACGAGAAGACACCCAUUGAUGUGGCAAAGCUGAACAACCAGCUCGAGGUGGUGAAGCUGCUCGAGAAAGAUGCUUUCCUUUGAGCGUGGAAGCCUUUCAUAUUGUCUUUGAGGGAUCUGUCUUUGCCUUCUGUCUCUUGAACCAAUUUCACAGACCUCUCUGUUUUUUUUUAAAAAAAAUUACUUGUGUUUCACUAGUUACUACUCUCUCCUUCUUAACUUGUCUCUUCUGGUGUUCUUUAUUUCAUGAAAAGUCAAUAAAGAAUGAAAGAGCAAUCCAUGCUUUAAACCAAA